CUCAAGCUGGCUGGCUAAAACCAGGUUGGCGUCAGACGUCUUGUAUCAGAUUGUGGGGUGGGCAAUCGAGCAGUUUGGCUUGGUGCUCUCCAGCUGCGAGUAGCAUUGAACCCCGUGGAGGAUGACAUCCUCGCAGCUCUCGCCAAGGACUGGGACGACCAACCAGGCACCCAAUGAGCUUUUAAUCGAGUUGAACAGUAAGCUGGCGGAGGAAUGCGAAUAUCAUCAAACGUUAACCAAGAGCUUGCUGAACGAUAACCGCAUGGCUGUCCAGUCCCAGCUGGACGAGAUGCGUCGGACGUUCCAGGACAUGUUCGACGACCACCGCAAGAACACGGAGCUCGUGGUGGAGGAGCACCGCAGGACGUCCGAGCAGCAGCACCGAGAAGUGUUCCAGAAGUGUCAGCAGCUGGGGACGCAGCUGGAGCGGACCAUGGCAAAGGAGAGAGUCGCCGUGCAGGGCGCUCUGCAGGCGGUUGCCCAGGUGCUGGAGCGCGAGCGCGCUCAGAGACACGCGGACAUGCAGCACCUCAUGACCGCGCUCCAGGACGGCCCGCCCGGACGGGAGCCGCCCUCCUCCAGCAGAACCGCCGACGGCGAGGCGCCCGUCGCUACCCCGGGGCGGCUGGACGCCGCCGUGGAGGCCCUCCGCCCGGAGCUCCGGCAGCAGCUGGACCCCGCCUCGCACAUGUCCUCCUCCCGUCGGAGCGGCGGCAGCAGCUGCCGCUCCGACGGGACCCCGCCUCGCAGCAGCUGGACCUCCACCUCAGCUGGCAGCGGCGGAGCUCCGACAUGUCCUGCCCCCGUCGUGUGCUCGCCCCGUGCGCGGGAGAGCCCGGCCCUCAAGCCGGGCGGACCUCCCAAGGAGCUCAGCCCGCGAGCUUACCACGAGCUCGUCACCGUCGAGGGUGACGUGGGCGGCGGCGAGGACCGGGCCGUCGUGGCAGCGCGCCGGCACGGCGGGGCGGAGUGCCAGGAGGCCGGUGGCGAGGCAGUCGAGGUGUGCGACGGAGAGGAGGAGGUCGCCUUCGCUGGGAGCAUCUGGGACGCCUCGGUGUUCAUCGGGUGCCCACAGGUGGGCGCAUGCGCAUCUGCGUUCACGGCGCUCAUGCUCCUGGUCAACAUCGGGAUGCAGGCGCUGUUCUGCUUGAUUGUCAACGACAACCUGACUCAGUCUGCUCUGCAUUCAGAAACGGUUCAGGAUUUCAAGGACUGGCGGACGACAAUAGCGCACAACGUGAAGUUUGUAGAUUCCCUCACUCACCGAUCUCUGGCAAGGAAGGUGUGCAGCUUCAGGGAUGCCCCACUAUCUUCUGGACCAAUCGCUGGGCUUGCAGCGAUUAGCCAGUACAGUCCUCUGGAAGAGGAGAAGCAGUAUCACGACACCCCCCCGCUCGGAUAUUGGUUCCCGCUCGCUUAUCACAAAAAUGUAAUGAGCGUCGGCGAGUUGAUGUGUGGCGUCUCGGUUGUCCUCUGGUGGUGUGCAGUCCUGAAAGAGAUAUACUCCAUUGUCGGCCUGUGCCAGGCGCUUUUCUGUCUCCCGUCCCGUCCCACAAAGAUAUGCAGCACGUCGGGCGGAUACGCACUGGUGGCGGUGUCACUCCCGCGCAGAGCCGUGUUCUGCGCCGUGAUUGUCGUGCGGUCCAUGGUGUGCUAUUCCCUGGCCGUGUGCGGCACGCUCUACCUAGCGGCCACGCUCUCGCUCAGCGACCUGCUGCUGAACGCCCUGGCACUGGAGGUCGUUCUCUCCCUGGACGAGCUCACGUUCGAUGCCUUGGCUCCCCGCUCCGUCCGGCUGCUGAUCUCGUCCAUGGCCCCCCUUGCGAAGCCCCGCAGCCGCACGUGGCGCGGGUUGGACGGCAGGCCUGUCCUCGCGCUCGCUGUCAUGGGCGUCUCGAUGUCCUGCCUUUUUUGGUUCAUCCUGCGCGAUCAGUCUACCAUGCUCGAGGCUGCACGGCACGAGCUCUGCGGCGGGAAUUUGGACUUCGUCGCCGGCGUCACCAGCACCGGUUUGGUGGCCGCCUUCAGUCCCGGGGCCAACUACCACGAGGCGGUAUCGGACACGGAGUUCCUGAGCGCCCAGUACGAGUACCGCGCGUUCCGGAGUCUGAUUGAAAAUGACAACGAUACGAUGACGACCGUGUCCGAACGUUUCAAGCAUAGCCGGCAGACGGCGGACGGCUUCAAAGGCAGCCGGUUCACGGUGGAGGGCAGGGUUACGCAGGACGUGGAGGAUUCUACCAUCGAGCUGAACGUGCUAUGCAUUGACCUGGACUACCCGGGCUCCGAGAUCUGGGCGACCCUCGCGGACGUACUCGAUUCCAUCGAGUUCGCGAGAAUUCAGGGAAGCGAGAACGAUUUCGGGGACGAUCCCAGGGAGCGGGAGGGGCCCUUCAGUUCUUGCGCGGACGUGCAGCCCGUGUGCGGCGAGGAGAGCACCCUCGGCACCCGUGCCAGGCAGUUCUGCCCCGAGACCUGCGGCUGCGACCACCCUGCCAGCGCCAUCCUCCUCUUCACCCCGGAGCACGGCUGCCCCCGCUCCUGCACCGGCGGGGAGCGGUGGAUGCAGAAGCUUCGCGAGCUCACCUGUUCGGACUGGACCCCGGAGCAGCCGCGGGUCUACAAUGGGACGGGUCGGUACCAGGGGGCCGACAUGCUGCAAACCUACGCGUCGGGUAUGCAACUAACAGGCUGGCCGCCAGAGCUCGUGGCAGCUGUGGCAGAGAAGAUGUUCAACACCAUGCACGGCAUCGGUUGCGCGGGAGCUGUCGCGGCCAUGGUAGCCUACGACCCGUUGGAUCUCGAUCCGUGGCAGUACGGGAACAUGUGCGAGGAGACCAACGUGUACGGUUUCCGGCCAAUAACGGCCAUCUGCCCAGUUGCUUGCGGUUGCCGAGAGACGCACGCGUUGCUUUGCCCGGCCUCUUGCUAGUUUCAGGACGCACUGAAAGAGGAGGUGUGGUUUCCAGGAGUUCCAGGAUUUACCGACGUCCUGGACGCGCUCUAGAAGCGAGAGUUGCCAGACAGGCGUCAACACAACCCAAAAAGGGCCCCAAUACGCCCCAAGAGGCCUUCAAGAGCACUCCCAUCAGGUAUGUCGCUUGUGCUCGUACUACUUGGCAGCGUCACUGCUCAGGGGCGCAGAACCAUUUGUAAUUCGCACUUCCCGAGAGGGGGGUCCGCCCGAUCACAAUGAGGAGCUGUUUGCGUAGGCGCACCAUUAUCGUGUUGUUUCCAGCGCGUGCGGCAGGAUGUAGAGCACUUUCUUGGUGGCUCUUGAAUUGAAGUUAUCCAACCUGCGGCCUUGACCACGUAAUGAGCGAUUUGCCUUCGACGUUGGGCGGCCCAGACCAUGCCAGCCACUGUUCCAGGUCGUUGGUUCCAUCACGACUCACGCACUUUGCGAUAGCUGGCACGGUCCUUUAAUGAAGUAUGCAUGAUUUAACUUGCCGCCAGCAGCAACCCAACCAGGCUUUGUCAGCUGGCACGUAUCUGAAGGGGACGGGGGUG